AUGGAGAAGUUUUGGCGUAAAGAUGGUGAUGGUGUCCACCAGACAAUUACCCAGGGAAGCCAAAAGUUGGCGUUAUUCUUGAAUCCCGAAACACCCACACAGCUAAGGCCACUCACAGUGGUGCUGCACGGCCCUGCGGGCAUUGGGAAAACCACACUGGCUAAGAAGGUGAUGCUGGACUGGACCCGGGACAGCCUCGCAAAGAUCCUCAGCCCAGCCUUCUAUCUCAGUUGCAAGGAGCUCAACCGCAAGGGGACGUGCACUUUCGCAGAGCUGAUCUCCAAGAACACACCUGAUGCACAGGAAGCCCGCCCAGAGGCGCGAGCCCCGGCACAGAAGCUCCUGUUCGUCGUGGACGGUUUCGAUGAGCUGAGAGUGCCCUCGGGGUCACUCAUCCACGACAUUUGCAGCGACUGGAACAUGCGUAAGCCGGCGCCCGUCCUCCUAGGGAGUUUGCUGAAGAGGCAGCUAUCCCCGCAGGCCACGCUGUUGGUCACCACUCGGCCGGAGGCCCUGCCAGAGCUGCGGCACCUGCUAGACCAGCCGCUCCUAGUGGAGGUCGAGGGACUGUCGGAGCCAGACAGGAAGGCGAGCAUCCUGAAACACUUCGAGGAUGAGGGGCAGGCGCUGCGAGCCCUCGCGCUGAUGCAGAGCCACCCCGGCCUGUGGCGCCUGGGCGCGGCCCCCGCGGUGUGCGGGUUGCUGUGCGCUUGCCUGAAGCUGCAGCUGGAGCACGGAGAGGACCCUGCCACCACCUGCAGAACCGCCACCGCGCUGCUCCUGCACUUCCUGUGCGGCCAGUUCACGCCGGCUUCCGGCAGCCGCCCUUGCCCGGCGCCGCUGCAGGCCGCGUGCCUCCUGGCCGCCGGGGGCAUGUGGGCACGGACAUCGGUGUUUGACGCCGAGGACCUGGCGGCGCUCGGGCUGACGGAGGCUGCGCUACGUCCCUUCCUAGAUGCGGAGGUCCUGCAGAAGGACGUGGACAGCGUGGGCUGCUAUUCCUUCGUCCACCUCAGCAUCCAGCAGUUCCUCACUGCCGUGUUCUACAUCCUGGAGGAUGACGGCGAGGGUGCCAGAGGUCGCCUUGGGGGUGACAUCAGGGACGCGCGGGAGCUGCUCUCCAAGGAAGAGAGACUGAAGAACCCCGGCCUGGCCCACGUCGCCCGCUUUUUAUUCGGCCUCGCGAACGAGAGGAUGGCCGGGGAGUUGGAAACCACGUUCGGCUGCCGGGUGACAACCGGGGUGGCACAGGAGCUAUUGAAGUCCGAGCCCUUCUGGACGAUGGACCUGAGCGAGGUGAUGCGCUGUCUCCACGAGUCUCAGGAGGAGCUGCUCGUGAGGGACGCCAUGGACCACGUCACGGAGGUGUCCCUGCGCGUGAAGACUAGAAUGGACCUCGUGCACUCGUCCUUCUGCCUCAGGCACUGUCAGAACUUGCAGAAGAUCUUGCUGCAGGUAGAAAAGGGGAUAUUCCUGGAGAGUGACACGGCAUUGGAAUCAGACGCUCCGGUGGAGAGGUCACAGCAAGACCAUCAUGCUCUUUGUCUCUGGACAGAUCUUUGUUCUGUGUUCCGUUCAAAUAAGAACCUGAGCUUUCUGGAUGUGGGUCAAAGCUUCUUGAGUCACUCCUCCGUGAGGAUUCUUUGUGAGCAGAUCACCCAUGUCACCUGUCAUCUCCAGAAAGUGGUGAUUAAAAACGUCUCCCCUGCUGACGCAUAUGGGGACUUCUGUCUGGCUUUCGUUGGUAAGAAGACCCUUACUCACUUGACCCUGGAAGGCAGUGUCCACAGUGAUAAGAUGCUGCUGCUGUUGUGUGAGACUCUGAAACACUCUCAGUGUAAUCUGCAGUAUCUGAGGUUGGGGCCUUGUUCUAACAUCCCUCAGCAGUGGGAUGAUUUCUCCUUGGCCCUCAAAAUCAACCAGUCCCUGAAGUACCUGGACCUCACGGCCAGUGAGCUGCUGGAUGCAGGAGUCAAGUUGCUGUGUGCCACUCUAAGACACCCAAAGUGCUUCCUGCAGAGGCUGUCGUUGGAAAACUGUCACCUUACAGGGGCUUGUUGCAAGGAACUGUCUUCUGCUUUGAUUGUCAACCAGAGUCUGACACACCUGUGCCUGGCCAAGAACAACCUUGGGGAUAGUGGGGUGAAACUCUUGUGUGAGGGCUUGAGUUACUCCGAAUGUCAGCUACAGACCCUGGUGUUGUGGUGCUGCAACAUAACCAGACGUGGCUGCAAACACAUCUCAAAGCUUCUCCAAGGAGACUCCAGCCUGACACACUUGGACCUGGGCUUCAAUCCCAUAGCUACCGGACUGUGGUUUCUCUGCGAGGCUUUGAAGAAGCCAAAUUGUAACCUCAAAUACCUGGGGCUCUGUGGCUGCUCCAUCACAUCUUUAUACUCUCGGGAUCUUGCAUCCACCCUCACAAGCAAUCAGAGGCUGGAGACUCUGGACCUGGGCCAGAAUAUCUUCGGGAAGAAUGGAAUAAUAGUGCUCUUUGAGGCUUUAAAACAGAACAAUAGCCCCUUAAAGACGCUCAGGCUGAAGAUGGAUGGUUCUAGUGUGGAAAUGCAGAUGCUGUUGGAGGAAGUGAAAGACAGCAAUCCCACACUGACCAUUGAUUGUGAGGAUUCCAGAACAACUAGGUCCUCGUACUGUGACUUCUUUUCCUCAAUGCUCUGA